CAAAAGGCCACAGGAAUUCGGUCGGAAUCUUGACUCUGAGAUGGGUGUUUGCUUUGCUGCGUUGCACCCCAGCCUCUCAUCAGGAUAAAACUAACAAACCUGUGACUAUAGGAAUGGACCCCGCAGGUGAAGAUUGGAUCAAGAGAGAAAAUGAAGAGGAAACCUCUGAGCAAACAAAUCCUGCGGAAGUGGAUCCUGAACAGCCCCAUGAGGCAUUAUGGGAAGAGGGUGAGGAUUUCCUGGAUUCUGAGCAGCCAAAAGCUCACAAGAGGGAACUGGAAAUCCAUCCGGAGAAAUUUGCUGAGGAUCUCUGUUUUGACUAUGAGAACGGUCCUCAGAGAAUCCACCCAAACGACAGGCCAUUUAAGUGUGACGUGUGCGAGAAAAGCUUCCGUCACAGUUCCAGUCUUUUGACCCAUCGGAGGCUUCAUACAGGGGAGAAGCCUUACAAAUGUACCGAUUGUGGGAAAAGCUUUAACACCAGCUCGGCCCUCAUAGUCCAUCGCAGGACCCACACCGGGGAGAAGUCUUAUGUGUGUUCAGACUGUGGGCGGUGCUUCAGUGAAGGCUCAGUGCUCAUCAAACACUGGAGAAUCCACACGGGAGAAAAGCCUUACAAGUGUCCCAUAUGCGGGAGGGGCUUCCGGCAGAGCUCACAGCUCCGUGCCCACGAGAGGACCCAUACGGGCGAAAAACCCUAUGAGUGCCAAGACUGCCGGAAGUGCUUCAGCACCAGCUCCAACCUUUCAGCCCACCAGAGGACCCACACUGGGGAGAAGCCGUACAUCUGCACUGAAUGUGACAGGAGGUUUGGGCACAAAUCGCACCUCAUCUCCCACCAGAAGACUCACACCGAGAAGCUGCACGCUUGCCCCGAGUGCCCAGCCAGCUUCCGCAUGAUCCACCAGCUGCUGGUCCAUCGCAAAUCCCACCAGGAGGACAGGCGCUACAAAUGCCUUCUCUGUGGCAAAACCUUCAGUUACAGCUCAGCCCUCCUUGCCCACCAGAGAAUGCACACGGGGGACAGGCCUUUCAAGUGCCUUGAGUGUGGCAGGAGCUUCAUACGGAAUUCAGACUUGAACAAGCACCAGAGAAUCCACACAGGCGAGAAGCCCUAUGAGUGUCCUGAGUGCGGUAAGAGGUUUAAUCAGAGCUCGCACCUUGUUAGCCAUCGGAGAGUCCACUUUAAAAGUAAGGCAAAAAAUCCUGGUGCAAAUGCUCCUGUUCCCGUUGAACAAGAAACAGAGUCUUCCUGAAGAUCCUCCUCAUAAUCCCCCUCUACUUUAUCUUGCUUCCUUAAGUUAUUAAGUACACACAAACAGAAUUAAGUACACACAAAUGUCCAUGCUGAGCCUUUUCUUAAAGAAUGUAAAAAUUCUGCACCAAGCCAGUACAGAUCCUUCAUCAAGAGGAAAGGAAGGAAGGAACACCACUGUGGGAAACAGGAUCCUGGGCUAGAUAGGCCUUGGGCCUGAUCCAGCCGGGCUGUUCUUAAGUGAAGCCAGAUCCUGCGGCCUGUAUGCUAUAUGCAAAUUAAGCUUAUUUACUUACGUUUGUUUUGCAUAAUUCUGCUUCUGCAGAGCACUGAAACACUAUCCCCCUGACCACUGAAAAUCCUCCUCAGCCUUUCUAUGGCUUCUGAGAUCUCGCCCUGGUAUUGCCCUCCUGUUUUCAAUCUAUCUUUGCAGCCAUAAGGACUAGAAACUUGCUUAAAACAAAAACACAAAAAGUGAGACACUCAGGAUGCUGAAAUAUGUGCCCAAUACCACCUAUGCUUGUGUAACAAUAGAAUAGGUACAGUCCUGCGCAUAACACUUUCGGAGGCAGAACAAUCUUUCUUGGUACUAUUGUUUUGUCUUUUGCAGGCUUAUUGUUGAGUUCUCCUUUUUACCUUUAAGGAACCUAGCCAGUAAGAUUCAGAGAUCAAACCACAGUUUAAAGGAGAGAGAUUUUUCUUGAAGAAAAAAUGGGCAGAAUGGCUUAACUAACAUCAUAAAAGUUACUGAAGAACAAAGGGCUGGUUGAAACCAGAAUUUGAUCCUUUUUCUGUGGGUCUUUUUUGUGUGCACUUCCAGCCAUUUGCUGUUCAGGGUUCCAGCUGGCUCUUGAUAACCACCUUCCCUUAAAGCCUUUCCCCACAUCUGAAUUAAAAUAUAUAUAUAUUAGGGAAGUAUUGUCUAACAACAAGAAUUGUCUAACAGGGGAGUUGUAUUUUUGAAAAUAAGUAAAUGGAUAACUCAAGUUUAGUUACUCAGCCAUGAAAUAAAACAAGGGAUUAGUUAGAUGGUGGAAACUAAUUGUCGCCUCUCAUUGAGAGAUGAUGGCUGAGUUAUUAAAGGAUUUGGCCAUCAAUUAAUAAUUUCUCUAGAAUAUACUCCUGUGUAUAUAAUACUUGUUUCUUUAGCAAACAUUUACUGACUUCUCAUCAGUCGAGGCAAUUGCAGAACAACAAUCCAGUACCAAAGGGUACAACCCAGUUCAGUUUUAAAAAAAAUAAAUCUUUGGAAGUCUUGACAUUGACCAAUAAGAUACAGCUUGUACUGCCAAAGCUUAUUCAGCAUGCAAAAAUUCUGUAGCUGAAAAUGUUUUUAGAACUUUAAUACUAAAUCUGGAAUAAUCAAGUGGGAUCCCACCCACCCCCACCCCCGUAUUUUUGUUAGUCAGCCCAUUUUAUUUAUGGGGGACUUCUUUCCAGCUUGCAUUUGUCACAUCUCUUUGGGCAGCAUAUUUUUAAUGGUUCAGAUUUUGCUUCCUAGCCACCAACAUUUGGGUGCACUUCAUUUGGCUUGAAAUGCUGUGAAAUUCUACCCAUGUGCUUCAAUGCUUCACAGUGACAUUAGAAUCGGGGGCUUACAUUCUGCACAGCGCCCUGUAGAGCCAAGAGCUUUUAUACAACUCAGCACGCAAUGGAGGGAGCUGUAGCUCAGUGGCAGAGCAUCUGCUUCGCAUGCAGAAGGUCCCCGGUUCAAUCUCUGGCAUCUCCAUGUAGGACUGAGAAAGAUCCCUGCCUGAAACCUUGGAAAGCUGCUCCUGGUCAAUGUAGACAAUACUGAGCAAGAUGGACCAAUGAUCUGAUUUGGUAUAAGGCAGCUUGCUAUGUUCCUCUGUAACAGCCUCUUCUCAAUGCUAGCUAAGCUGGAGAGGCUCUCUGGCUACGAAGGAUUGUAUCCUCACUGUAGCAACAAUACUCCCAUCAUUCCCCAUGGGAGAAAUGUCACUGCAGUGCUGGUUAGAGUUUGGACUAGGACCAGGGAGACCUGAAUUCAAAUCCCUGUUCAGCCAUCAAACCCACUGGGUGACUCUGGGCCAAUCACAUCUCUCUCUCUCUUUCUCUCUCUCUCUCUCUCUCUCUCUCUGCGCCUCACAGGGUUGUUGGGAGGAUAAACAUAAACAUGUUCACUGCUCUGGGCUCCUUGGAGAAAGAGCAGGAUAGAAAUGUAAACAUAAAUAAAUACAGUAGUAGUCACAGAUCCGCUCCACCUUCAGUGAGGAUAAGCUAUUGAGUCACAUGGAACCAGAAAGUGCGCCUCACUCUUGAAUUGGCAGAGCACUGUACCAGAAGUUAAGCCAGGGAGAGUCUGUCACCCAAAAAUCAUGCUAUAGAACAGGGAUGGCCAACCUGGGGCUCUCCAGCAAUUGCAACUGGGGAUGAUGGGAGUUGUAGUCCCACCACUGCUGGAGACCCCCAAGUUGGCCACCCCUGUUGCAGAGAGAUUAUUUUAAAAUAUAAAUGUACACAUAUCUUCUUUAGUGCACUGUGGCUGCUAUAUGAUGAAUUAAAAGGAAGAUGUCCUUUAACAUGUCAAUGUUAAUUUAGAAACAAGACCCAUUGAUUUCAGGGUCAAACAAGUUUAGAAUUGCAAUUUUAUGGCAUAAUCUUCUUGAUGUAUUUUCAGAAUAAAUCCCACUUCCUCCCAGAUCUGGCAGGCGUUACUUUAUUCAUUUGAUUCUGUGUUUAUUUAUGCUCUGCCUAGUUCUUUGGUGGAUCUACAGCUGUCUCUAGCAUUGCUUCUUUUGGACUUGCACCUUUUGAUCUUGCUUCUUUUGGACUUGCCUUCUAAAAAGAACAAAAAAAUCAGCUUCUCUCUUUGCUGGGGAGAAGGGUCUAUACCUACCCAGUUAGGUAAUCAUUUCAUAUAUCUGACAAUGCAGGUUCUGGCAAAUGAGAACUUUAUGCCACAAUAAAUAUGUUAGUCUUUAAGAUGUCACAA